GUUUAUGAAUGUGUCACAGUUUAUGAUUGUAAGUUUACCGAUACUUCCGUUUUAGUUUGGAAUUUUAAUUUUCAUCAUACAAAUGUAGGCACACACCUUGGUUUAAUAUUCCCCAAGAUAUCAAGAUUGUUUGUUAGAUUCUGCCUUGGCCAUUCUCUGUAGUCUAAAAACUUGUUUUUCAGUAGUCUCAAGUCAAGAUCUGUUUUCCAGUAGUCUCAAAAUUUGUUUUUCAAAUCCUACUUGUCAACAGUUGGAAAUGUUGAUUCGUGUUAGUCGACGAGUUGUUUAAUGAGUCGACAAAUAAAAAUGUCGAACAAACGCGUUAACAAACGAUUUGACAUGCAUACAGGGAUUAAUACAAGCAUUUUAGUCUACUACCUUUAUAACAACAUUUCCAGCAUGCAGACAUAACCGUUUUUAAACUGGUUGAAGAAUAUAUUCAACGAUCAAGUACUUCCGUCCUUUUACAGUUAAUUCACAUUUACCACCAUUUCGUCAAAGUAUAUUGUGAAAUAUAUAUAUAUAUAUAUACAUAUACAUAUAGUUACGGAAGUUUCAAUAUUCACUUGAAGAUUUUUUGCUACCGUACACCGGUUAUAGAAAAGUGUUGUAUAAAUCCCUGAUAUAACACCAGUAAAUAAAACAUGGCAGCAAUUAGUUAAAUGUGACUGUCCUGAAUGUCCUGAAUAUAUCGUUCUUUUUAUUAGGGAAAGGGUUUGAGAUAUCACAGUUUUCAGAUUGGCUACUUUAUGUGGGGUAGGUUUUUUUGGUUAAGUAAAAUGUGUCGCUAUUGGGUCGUCACCAACAUGUGAACGGGCUUUCCUUAAUGUGAGUGGUGGCACCGAAGAGAAAUGUUUUUCGCAAUGAGUAGCGAUUGGUCAAACACCACUAUUGGCAACGUAGUGGCCAAUCAUAUGCUUUGUUCGCGAACGACAUGUUUAUAAAUUUAACAAUAGAUGUGAACUUGGUCCAACCAACUUUUCAACCACCAAAAAACCCUUACUUCAACCAUAUCGAAAUGUCACGUAACGUUUUCUGUCCCUUUAUUCACAUAAACGAAAGUAUUAGACAUUCAAUUCAGUCAACAUUCUUAAGAAUCACCAGCUCCUCUUUCAAAUUUUUAUCAAAGUGCAUAUAAAGCGAAAAUGUUAUUGUCUUACAGUAAAUGCAAAAGAACUCUUAAAUCUGCAAUAACUCUUAAAUUAAGAACUUUUAAAUUUCCAAUUUCUUUUAAAUUUGAAAAGUAGAGUUUCCAUCAUUCAUUUUUCUGGAUUUUUUAAGAUUUUUCUUGAGAUCUCGAUAGAAAUCACUGAGCUAUAUAGAAAUCUAUUAAUUCUAGAAAUUUUUUAGAAAUCUGUUAGAAAUCUUAGAAAUCUAAAAAAAUCUUAGAAAUCUAAAGAAAUCUUAGAAAUUUAAAAGUGGCAGCACGAGAUAAAAUUCCGCUGUCUAAAAGUACAGUCAAGACAAAAAACAUGGUGGAAAAACUUUGGACAAAAAUUGAGAAAAAGUUUGCAAUUUCAACGAGCUAAAACUCGAAAACUUUAUGGAAAUUUUGUUUUAUUUAGGCGAAUAUUUGUGCGUAUGGUUCUCUUCUCGCAAUGGCACGCCCGCCAGAUAAAUUUCGGUCACGUUUGAAGCAACUUUUGGGGUUGAAACGGGACACAAGUAGUUCACUUUCCCCACAGCUCCCGCCAAUUGUUGUCGAAGAACCUGUCGAAUGUGAUGAACUUCUUAAGGUAAGGAUUAGAUUAACGAUACAGGUAUGAUAACUGCUUGCAGGAAGGCAUACUAUUAACAAUUUUUCACAGGUCAGUACAAAGUAUUGGACCAUAAGACCACUGGUGUCAUAACACUCUGUGACACUGUCAGCUGUGUGACUCUGACGUACUGUCAGAUUAUAAAACAUUCCAUCCUAAACAACACGCCUCAAUGUGUUAUAUAUAUAUUAUUGUAUUCAGACAAUUCGGUCAGUUUUUAACAGUACACAAUACUAAUUUGAAAUUUCCAUAAAAUGCGAAACAAAAACAUGAAACAAUUUACAACACUCUUGGGCUGUCUAAAUUUCAAAUUCCUUCACCUUGGGGCCCAACAGCAGAGUUAAUCAAUACCAUGAGUCCAUGACAUCUUUAGGACUUUAGUUGGCAAAUUAAUGUCCCAAAUUGUGCACUGCCAAAUCAUGUUGAACCUACCUAAGGCCAUGGGAAUGAAAGUCAUAGAUUUACGUCCACCGCCCGCAUGCCUGAAAAGCUACCGCCUAAAAUUUUCAUUAUUUACAAAAAAAUUCAUUAUUUCCACAAAUAAAGCAAAACUCAAUAAAAUUAGCAAUAAAAUUGUGUAUUGAUUACAAUAAAAUGAACAUAUUGCAGUGUGUUUGUCCUCAGUAUCCACAUUCUAUGAAAUUCCAAAUUAUAUUCACCGAAAUGGCGAAAUUGGCACACAGAUCUUCAGUACUGCAACUGCGUGAGCUCGAGAUAUAUGUAAUUCCGUGGCGUAAACGGUAAUUCGUGUUUUGAUUUACCACCCAAAAGGAUGGUAAAAAAAUAAUGAAUAAUGAAUAAUGAAUAAUGAAAAAAACCCGCAUGUUUUUUCAAAAUUAUCCGGACGCAAAUCUAUGACUUUCAUUCCCAUGGCCUAAGGCCAAUGGAACUGUAGAUUCUGUUUAGCGUCCACCGCCCGCAUGUGCUUGCAACUACCGCAAGAAUUUUUCAUUAUUCUUAAUUAUUUUCAUUAUUUGUCAUUAUUUUUAAUUUUACGCAUCGAAACUUUCAAAUAUACAUCAAAUCUUCAAGAAAAUUUUAACAAUUCUUGAGGGUUUUGCCUAUAAGCUUCUGAGAUAUCAGCUAUGUCUUUGACUCGGACCGUUUCAUAAAAUGAAAAUUUCAUUUCGAAUAACACACGCGGGCAGGUGAUGGUAAACUGAUACCUCAAUUCUACUCACGUAGGAUGAAUUCUCAUGGAUUUCUCAUUGAUAAAUACAUUUAUUUAAUUAUGUUGUAGGAAGUCCACCCAGAAUCAGGCAACAGUCAGUCGUCGCGUGCUCGUGUUUUGAAAGAACUGUGUGAGGUUGUUGCCGCAAAACAAUUGGAAGAGGUACAUUGCAUAUAACAUUUGCCCCACAACACACCCACAACACAUUGGUGCACAAAAUUUGAUUUUGAAACAAACAUAUUAAACAUAUCUGCCAUUUGAUCUGUGAGACUGAAAAUGGCUGAAUUUUAAAUUGUAAUUAAAAAUUGAGGUCAAAACAUUAAAGCACAAUUCAAGGGUAAAGUUCCAAGGCCCAAGUUCAAUGGCCCAAGUUCACUGGCCCAACAGGCCAAGCAAAUAGUAUGGUACUCUUUCUAUCUAGGUUGGUUUUGGGCCAACCGAGAGUACUAUUGUAUUCACAGGGCGCAAUGUGACUCAAUGGGAACCCUUACGAAAAUUUCCUAUAGGAAUUCCUAUAGGAAAUCAAAAUUCCUAUAGGAAUUCCUAUAGGAAUUGAAAAUUCCUAUAGGAAUUCCUAUAUGAAUUGAAAAUCCUAUAGGAAUUCCUAUAGGAAUUGAAAAUGGUAAAAAAAAUUCCUAUAGGAAUUCCUAUAAGAAUUGAAAUUUCCUAUAGGAAUUGAAAUUUCCUAUAGGAAUUCCUAUAGGCAUUGAAAAUUCCUAUAGGAAUUCCUAUAGGAAUUAAAAUUUCCUAUAGGAAUUCCUAUAGGAAUUUAAAAUUUCCUAUAGGAAUUCCUAUUGGCAUUGAAAAUUCCUAUAGGAAUUCCUAUAGGAAUUGAAAAUGGUGAAAAAAUUCCUAUAGGAAAAAAUAUUCCUAUAGGAAUUCCUAUAGGAUUGGAAAAUGGCUAUAGGAAUUCCUAUAGGAAAUGAAAAUUCCUAUAGGAUUUGAAAAUGGUGAAAAAAAAAUCCUAUAGGAAAUAAAAAUUCCUAUAGGAAUUCUUAUAGAAUUGGAAAAUGGUGGGAAAAAUUCAUAGCCUAUACCACUAUGGCCUGAUACAUGCAUGGGUAUAAGAACUUUACUUAUAUAAAAAAAUAUACAGGGGCCGGUUGUAUCAAGCCCGUUUAGCUUAAACGGUGGUUAAGCUCAAAAUAGAAAGCAAGUCUAUAGAUUCAUUAAACAACGAAACUAAAAGUUUUGAACCUUAAUAGAACGAUAAUGUUUACAACUAUAUAUUCAGUGCAGAAUAUUUAAGUUGACUGAUUCACGAAAAAUAUAAGAGUGUUAUUUAAUUUUGACUUAUACACCGUUUAAGCUAAACGGGCUUGAUACAACCGGCCCCAGAUAAAUAUAAUUUACGAAAUAACUCCUUCCUACAGGAAUUUUUAUUUCUUAAGGAAUUUUUUCACCAUUAUCAUAUCCUAUAAGAAUUCUUAUAGGAAUUUUAAUUUCUUAUACAACUACACUAUUCCUAUAUCGGAUUUUACUCAUAGACAUUUAUUAAUAGAGAAUUUAAUACUGGGACUAUUUAUUUUCUAAGAUUAAAUGAAAAUUACCGCAAUGUGCGCGACUGACAGACUGGUGUCUAGUUUUCUUGCCACGCGCGCAAAGCAUCAAGGGAUAGAUCAUCACACCUCCGACAUUUUUUCAAGUCAGUGUUUGUCAAUGGUUUAUGUGCAAAAUAGAACUAUUUUUGAUGGGAUUCAACUGGAUUUUCACUAGUAAUACAUCAGGGAUGUUUGCAUAAUGUUCAGGUAAGAAUAAGUUUAUAUUUUAUUUAUAAUAAAGCAAAUUAUAGAGGAAAUACCUCCAAUCUUCAUUUGUGAAAUUCGAGCAUGUGGUUCGAUAAAAUUUGAAUUUGCCGCGACAAUAUAAACGGAAUUAGAAUGCCGAUAUAAAUAUAUUUAUAGCAUUUAUACUUCAACAAAUCUACUAUAAAAGUUUUAUCUUUGAAUCAGACUUAUCCAUGUUUAUUAAUAUAUUUGUAUAUCCCAAGUGCCAACUGUAUAUGCCAGAUUAAUUGUAAAUUGUCAGCCAUAUUUAAUGCAUGCCUAUAGAAAAUUUAACUACUUGCUCAAAUCAGCAGCAGUAUUUAUUCAUAUGUUUUGUUUAAAUUAAAAAAUUUUCAUUUUGAGAGAUCUUGCACCAGUCAAUGUAUUAAAAUCUGUUAGCCUUUAGACAUGCUUUAGUGUAAUGCCAGGAAAAUUAUCCAAUGUUUUUCUAUUAAUUAAACAUAACUAUGUGAUGGUAUUCAAAUUAACCAGACUCUCUGCUAGCUUACAUUUCAUGCUAACUUGUUAAGAUGAAUGUACUCAACUUUCAGUACUUUUUUUAUUUUACCUUGUCUAACACCAGAUCAUUUUACUUGAAAGAGAGUGGACAACUUUGAUAGGUUACCUUGCUGUCUCCCUGUGUUUUGUGUAAACUCAUUAAGACCCAAUUCACAAAUUCACACUAAUGUGCUCUAUUUCAAAGCUCAAUAUUUUGCCCUGUUAAUACCAGACUAUUUUGCAUUAUUUGGCUUAUAGAUGUAAUUCACCCUAUUUAGAUGCUUAUUUAGAUGUAAUUCACCCUAAAGCCUAGUUUCCAUUUGGUCGUUAGUUGUCGCUGGCACGACAAGCGGUAGAUGUGAAAUAGUCUAAUAUAAUAGUCUAUAUAGUCUGUUUGUGUGAUAUGCAAAUCAGUCUUAAUGAUUGCAGAGUUUUUUGUUGACACUCUAUUACAUCAGCCACUUGUCGUGCCAGCGACAACUAACGACCAAAUGGAAACUAGGCUUAACACUCAAUCCCCACUUUCAGUACUUUGAUAUUUAUCAGAUGAUUUUACUCAUCAAAAUGAAUGUUGGUCAUUGAAAGGUUAAUAAUUAACUGAAAAAGCUGCUGUGUGGCAUAUUUAGAAGCAAUGUGCCCUACUUUUAGUACUUUGUUAUUUUACUGUGUUUAUUCUAUUAAAGUGCUAGACUCUCCACUUAGAGUAAAAUAAUAAAUUGGGUGCAUUUGGGCAUAUUUAAUGGGUUAACAAAACACAUUGGAAUGGUAUACAUAAAAAAAAUGUAUUUGUCUUUUUACAGCUAUCAACAAAGUAUGGAUGUAAGGCCUCAGAGGUUCAUCAACAUAUGAGGACAAAUAUAAACAACAUGGGAAAGUGUUGCAAAGUACAGAAAAGCAAACAAGAACAAGAACUUAUUUGAGGACUAUGUUUUGAGGCCAGUUUUAAACUUAACUUUAAAUGUCAAUUAUGGUUAUUACCUAUGGUUUAGCCCAUUAAGUGCCAGCGCUCUGACAAGUAAAAUCGUCUGGCGUUAGACAGAGUAAACUAUAGUAAAAUAAUAAAGUAGGGCGCAUCAGGGCGCAAUGUGAUUCAAUGGGUUAACUAAACACAUAUAUAGGAAUAUAGGCUAGUUAACCCAUUCGGAGCCAGCACUUCCCCUUGACAUUCAAGUACAAUUGUCUGGAGUUAGACAGAGUAAAAUAGCUGGCAUUAGACAAAGUAAAAUAGUUAGACAGAGUAAAAUAAUAAAGUAGGACGCAUCAUAUGGCAUUGCAUUGAGGUAGAACGAUUAAUUUGGCACAAUAGGUGAAAACUAUAAUUGAUUUGUAAUGUUUAGUAUAACCAAUUUCUCAUAUUAAUUUUUAUAUUUGCAAUAUUAAUUAGUAUUUAUUAAUAUUUAUAUCUAUUUUUUGCAUUAAAAAAUUAAGAGUGAUGAACAACAUUGUCUGUCGUUUACUAUUAUUUCAUCUAGAUUCUAGAAUUUCUGCAGGAAUACCAAAAAUCUUAUAGGAAAUUAGAAUAAAUUAUUUUCUUAUAGGAAAUUCCUAUAAUAAUUUGGGACUAGACUUGAGAAUUCUUAUAGGAAUUCUUCCUAUUAAAUUCUUAUAGGAAUUCCUGUAGAAAAAAUUCCUAUAGGAAUUUUUCCUAUAGGAAAAAUUCCUAUAGGAAAAAUUCCUAUAAGAAUUUGGGACAAAAUCCCUAUAGGAAUUUUUCCUAUAGGAAUUUUUCCUAUAGGAAUUCCUAUAGCAAAAAUUCCUAUAGGAAAAAUUCCUAUAAGAAUUUGGGACAAAAUUCCUAUAGGAAUUUUUCCUAUAGGAAUUUUUCCUAUAGGAAUUCCUAUAGGAAUUCCUAUAGGAAAAAUUCCUAUAGGAAUUUUGUCCCAAAUUCUUAUAGGAAUUUUUCCUAUAGGAAUUCCUAUAGGAAAUUUUCGUAAGGGAAGUGGCCUCUCUAACAACAACGAACAAAACUGAAUAAUUAUAAUACUAAUAGGAAUAAAAGGAAUAAAAUGACUGACCUUCAAAAACACUGUGAAUUGUUUAUAUUUUGUAGCAUGCAGUUGAAGCUUUAUGGUUGGCUGUCAAAGAUCUGCUACAACCAGAAAACCCAGCUGAUGUCCGACAUAUCACACUCCAGUUUCUAACAUCUCUCGUUACUGGACAGGUCAGCAUAAUCUUAAAAUUCUUAUUACCAAAGGCAAAUGUUGUUUAACCCCCCUCCCUUGUUAUUUAAGGGGGGGGGGGUUGAACCAUUUGGAAAAGGGGGAAGGGGCUUUAAGACUACAGCUACGAUAAGUACCACAAUAAAUAUAUUUGAUUUUGUAUCUUUGUAUCACAAUUUCUGUUUCAAUUAUUUAGUAUGGAAGUCUCAAAUUGUUGCGAGCUCACUUCUUCAAGGUUAUUGAAGCUCACAAUGUCCCCGAUGAUUUGAUGCACCGGUAAUAACUAGUUCAUGUAGCUUCUAUCAUUUCCAAAGUAAAAGGUUUCAUAUGCGAGUGGUUCAAGUAAAAAUGAAACUGUUAUGCAUAGCAUACGGAAAAUGACUUUUUUACCAUUUUAUAACCAACAUAAUGUCAACAAAUACAUAUGUUAAAAAAGUCAUAAAUUCUCCGUAUUUCAGAGAAUUAUUAUUUUUGAUAUAUGUUGUGUUAGUUGACAUCAUUCAUGUUGGUUAUGAAAUAGUAAAAAAGUCAUUUCUGUAUACUGUUCGUUUCGUGUUCACUUGAACCACUCACAUAUUGUAUUUUCUUAAAUUAGCAGCUCAAAAUGGAUUUUGUUCUUCUAUAGGUUACUUUUUUUGAAAGCUUUGACUCUUGAGGGAAAAGAUAUUCUAUUCUUUGAAGAGCAAAUUGGUACGUUUAUUCAUAGGUUUAUUUUACAAUUCAAAAAAGUUGUCCUUCAAAAAUCUUAAACCUUAAACAUUGAGCGCACUAUGUAGAGUCUUAUGCCUGUAUUCUGAAAGCUCACUCACACUCAAUGAGUGGAGCUUCUCUUGAGUGUCAAAUUGAAUGCUGUUUUUGAAUAGGUGGAGGGUUAGCGUCGUAACUUACUACUGUAUGUGACUACUCACCCUCCAGCUAUUCAAAAACAGCAUUGACUGCACUUAAGGGAAGCUCAGAUUGUGAGUGAACUUUUAGAAUACAUGUGUUAAACUCAAGUAACUCUGGAAAUUCACUUGGCAAAACAAUGCUAGAGCAUAUAUAAUGAACACUUUUGAUGUGUAGGGCUAUUUGUGUCACUAAGUUGAUGUCCAAUCUUUAAUUAGGUUCCAAUAGUCAGUAUACCCAUCAUAUCUUACGUGCUCAAUGUUUAAUUAUAAGGUUUAAGAUUUUUGAAGGACAACAAUGUUUGAAAUUGACUGUAUAAAACACCUUUUAAAUUUGCACCCUGUAUGAGUGAAAAUUGCGUUUUAAGCCUUCCAUUUUUGUGCGCAAGCCAUUUUAGAUUUGUCUUUUGGCGUUUGUAUUUAAGCUACAGUAAUUAGCUCAGCACUUUUUUUGCAUAAUCAUAUAGAGGGCAAAACAGUUAUGGCUGUGUGACACGUUGGUUAGUAUUGUAUAUUAUACUUUCUGUUUUAACAGGCCCAUUUUUAUUGUCCUUGAUGCCAAGCGUAGUGUUUGGUGAGAAGUGAGUAUAACUAUACAAAUAAUAAUAAUAAUAACUUUAUUACUACAGUAUACUAUAUAAAUUUAAAAUACUCAUUAAUAAUUCAUAAACCUUGUGGCAAAUCAUGUCAGCCAUAAUACAGUAUGUCACGUGGAGUGACUUUGUACAGUAUCUGAUAAAACACAUGUGGCAUUAUAUAAUUGUUCAUCUUAAUUAGCAUGAUUAUACUAUGGUUCAUCCUAAUUAGUAUUCUUUUGUAGUCGUAUUUUAUUUUAUAUCUGAUAAAACACUCCUACUCGUGUUUUAAAUAGUACUUAUAGAAUUUGAAGUACAGUAUGAGACGUUCCUAAAGAAUGAGGUGGUUCUACGGUGAUGAAGGUACCGCCGACCUAGGCGGUCCGAGAUUGUUUGCCCGAGAGUCACGUUUAGUUCGUGAAAGUUGUUUUGGAGAUUUCGUAACAUUAUCCAAAACAUUUAACGAAAUAGUACGAUCGUACAGUAUUACGGGACCAGGAAUUUUUCACAAGUCAGUUUCCUCAAAGGCUCAAACAUUUCUUACAAAUCCUUCAAUUUAUCUAUGCAAAAUAGGACUGCAUGUGUAAACCAGCAAUGAUUUUAGUACAAAACCAAUCGCGUUGUUUCGGAAUGCUUUCUUACAUUUUCUGGGAAUGUUAUACUGUAAUCUCGCUGUUGUCUUUGCCUUUUUUGGAUGGACAAAAUUGAAAAUGCUGGACUUGGUUCUUGAAGUAACUUUUGACUUUGUAUAUUAUCAUUUAAAGGUUGGAUACUUUCUUUCCGUUACUAAGAAAUUUCAUUCGAUACAACUCUAGUUAUUUGGACGAAGAUGUCGUUUCUGGUUUAGUAAAGUAAGAUAAAGCUUUCAUUAUUGCAACUUUUAAAAAUCAUGAAGUAGAGAUAUUACGUAACGCACUCUCAAAACCUACGCAGAGUUUAAUGGCACUUUGCUUUGACUGCAUUUAAAAUUUUUGUAUUAAUAUAUGUAUGCUUGAUAUACAGGAUGUCACAAAAAAACCAAAACUAUUGAAAUAACGUAUAUUGUUUUAUUUUGAAUGUCUCAGCACUCUGCUGAACCCACAAGUGCAUAAAAGCUUGACAUAAGUAAAUUUUAUGCAUAAAGAAACAGUUUAAGAAGCUGCUUUAAGUUCCCAAGAGUAAAAAAUCGUGCGCUUUACGAAGAUAUUUUAAUUUAAUACAAAAGUUAAUGAUUACAUAAAUGAUUACAUUACAUAAAUCAUUUUUAGGCAGACAUGUCAAAUAUCUACAACAACAGAUAAGGAAAAGGAAGUUGAGGUACGAACCUUCGAAUUUGACCGAACUUUUCUAGCAUAGUCUCUCUCCAGCGCGGUUUUAUUAUGGGCGUGCAGGUGGUAAUUUGUGAAUGCGCGCGCAGCUCCUUUGCUCCAUGCGAUGGCGCACGCGCAAUGUGAUUUUAACUGGCCGACUUUUAAAACAAACGAAAUCUUUGCGUGUGCGGUGUCAUUUAAGCCAUUGGUCGGGGUCAUAUUAUUUUGAUAUUCUUCGAUCAAAGAAGAUCAAAUUAUGAUGUUACGGUGGUCAGGCAAACUUUUCAGCUAGCCCGGUGUGGAUGCACACUCAGAGUAACAUCACAAACAUCAAGAUCAAAUUAGUUUCUGUUUUUAUAAAUAUAGGCUCACGAUUUUAGGACAGUUUGUUACUAACUGCUAGAGCUACCGUUGUUAAAUAUUUUUGUAAAAAUAUUUUUGUAAAAAAUAAUAUUGUUCGAUUUUUAUCAGCCGAUGUGUUCCGUGUGCGGUGUGUUCCGAUUUUUGUGAUUACAUGGUUUGAUUAUUUUUGCUAAAUUUCGUAUAAUAUUUGCUUCGAUCUAUUAUUCUAUUCAUUAUCACGCAUUUGUAAGGCCAAAUGAUUUUAUUUUUCAGCAAUCGUUGGCAAUCCUCGAUGCUGUGGUACGCUAUAGUUCGUUACCGUCAAGUGCGCUGUAUUCAUUUCUUGUGGCAGUUUGUAAUACUGUGAAUGUUGAGCAGUUCUGUGAACCAAGCUGGAGGGUAUGAUCACUCGUUAUCAUUUAUUCCUCUUACACCAAAGUGCAAGAUGAUGCAGGCCUGCACAUAAUUAUUUUGCUUAGAAGGAAAAAUGUCCGGCCAGAACAAAAAUUGGUCGGACAUUUAUCAACUUUUCUCAGACAAUAGACAAAGUAAAAUUUUUCAUAUCGAUAUCUUUUUGAAAAUUAGCAAUGAAUUUCGUAUGGUUAUGCUAGUCCACACUGCAAUACAUCUGAAACUGAGCAUACAGCUAUUUCAAUUAAGGUUGUCCACGAGCAAAGCGGAAAAGUCGAAUACGAGCGCGAAAGGCUGCUGGGAACCGCUUUGAAAAUUCAUUAAUUUGUUAGCUAUAUAUCUACCAAUCCUAAUGCAUCAGUAAAUUAUGGUUCAAGUUAUGUUAUACAAUGUUGGUUUUUGACAUUGCCUUUCAUUAAGUUUUUAACUCGACCAAUUUAGAAACUUUCAACAUUGAAAGGGGGGAUAGCUGGAAAUUGCUGGUUUUGCGAGCUUGGUUUAGUAAAGCACGAAUUCCUAUUUAAGCACUCGCCGUCCACAUGAGUUUGAGAUUUAACAAUGAAAUACUUGUGUUGUUACAGCUCAUGAGACAUUUACUUGGAACGCAUCUUGGUCAUAAUGGAGUUCUCACCAUGUGUUGUAUCCUGGAAGACAGGUUAGAUAUAAACAAGAGUGGUCGUGGAGGGGGGGGGGGGAUGGAGUUUCGGGGGUGGAGCUUUCUUAUGUCAUUUUUGUGGGACAGAACUUGGUCAAUUGGUUGUAUUGUGGAAGACAUAUGGAAUUUAAAAAGAAGUGGGACUUUCAUAUGAUAUCAAUAGAAUGAUUAAUUGAUUGACUAAUUGGUGAUUAAUUUAUUGAUUAAUUAAUUAUUUGAUUAAUUGAUGAUUAAUUUAUUGAUUAAUUAAUUAUUUGAUAAAUUAAUAAUUUAUUGAUAUACUUAAUUUACUGAUUAAUUUAUUGAUCGAUUGAUUAGUUGAUUGACUGAUUAAUUAUUUGAUUAAUUAGUUGAUUAAUUUAUUGAUUAAUUAAUUAAUUAAUAAUUUAUUAAUUAUUGAUUGAUUAAUUGAUCAGUUGAUUGAUCAGUUAAUGCAGAUCAGUUAAUGAUUAAUUGAUUGUUUGACAAGUCUUAUUGAUAUUACAGAAAUCUUCGUUUUUGUUGACAGUAACAACUGGAACAAAUUUUCAUUGCUGAGAGGAGCAAUAUUCUUCGUGGGGAUGUGUUUAUGGGGUUCGAAGAGAGUGACCAGCCUGCUGCAUAAACCUAUCGCUGUCUUACCAUCUUUCUAUAAGGUAUAGCUUAUAAUAUCAGGCCUUAAAGUAUCGUUCAGAGAACCGUCUGACAAAAUGUUCGACGACUUUGAGUUUGGGUCGGACAUAUGUAUUGUGAUGUCCGAUGACUUUGAGUUCAGUUUGGCUUGGAAAUAAGUAUGAAUGCAGACACAAAUUAAUAUCAGCACAAUUUGGAAAAGUCAUUUGAAUCUUGGCAAUGAAUUCCCGAAGACGCCACGGUGAAAACCCUACACUUGAUUGCACAUUUCCAGUUCAUAUUUUAUACAUUACUCUGAUGCUCCAUUUAACAUACGAGCCUCUAGUCCUGGACUAGGGUAGGACGUUGGACAAAGUUAAGCUAGGUCGGACACCAAUUCACUCGGGUCAGAUAAACACUAAAUCUCAGUUUCACUUAGGUCGGACAGAAUGUCCAGUGAUUUCCUCUCUACGUCGGACAAUGUCCGUGACCGACCGAUAUUUUAGCCUGAAUAUCAAUCCUGCACGACUGAGUUUUUAUAAAAGAUAUUCUUGGGCAAACACAGGAUCAAUCUACCUGAAAAAUAUAACGAAUUUCGACGUUUUCGAGCGUAGGCCUUCAUUUGGAUUUAGAACCCAGUUCAACCCACUGAUCUAGUGGCCAACAGACAUGGAUUUAUCAACUGAGCGAGGGACCAAUUUCUAGUUUGGGUUUUUAGAGCCUCUCUGACCAGCUAGAUAUUCUUAUUUGUCAACAUUUCUGACAAACAUCAUAUCUAAGAUCCCACUCUAACUACCAGCUUGGCCUAUGCAUGGACCAAUGGAUCAUAUUAAGGACUUUUGCCAUAGAGCAACGCCAUAGCUCCCUUGACUCUGUGAUUAUGCAUCUUGUCUAAUGUAUACUAGUUUCAGCCAACCUCAAUGACAUCGCCCGCCAGCACUCCUACCUAUCAAGCUGGAUCCAUAUCUGACCCUAUUUGCCAUGUUGUAGGUGUUGUCAUGUGAUAAUGAAAGUGUGAUUUGUGAAGUGACGUUGUCAAUGCAAAGACUGGUGAAGAAAUAUGGCAUGAAACAACAUGACACUGCUUGGGAAUCCAUUCUCGAUAUUGCUUCAGCGCUACAAGAAUACGUGGAGGUAAAGCGUAUAGAUGAUCUAUGCUGCUGAUGCUCUCAGCAUACAGAGAUAGGUUUAAGGUACACGUAGAUAGGUAGACAUAUAGGCAGGUAGGCAAGCGGGCAGAUAGGCAAGCGGGCAGAUAGGCAAGCGGGUAAGGCAGGUGGGUAGGUAGGUAGACGACAAGCAGGUAGGUAGGCAGGUAUGUCAGAUAGGUGGGCAUGCAGGUAAGACAGGUAGACAAGUGGGUAGGUAGACAGAUAGGUAGAGCAGGUAAGGCAGGCAGGCUGCUAAAAACACUGGCGACUCUGGCUAUUACCAAUCGAUACUUGCUCCGUUCGAGUCAGCCUUCUGCUUGAUGUAUAUUUGCAGAGACAUCCAUCCUGCACGUCUGUAUCAGAGAACUUCCAUGUCCUGUUGUCGUACAUCGAAGAACUACAUGAGAAACACGAGUUUUAUGGUUCUGCAGACAAACUGUUUGCUAUUGUAGCAAAAUGUACGAAGAAGAGACCGGUAAGCAUGAACCUUUGGACCUGAUAUGCCAUACCAUAUACCAUACCUUACACCAUACUUUAUAUCAUACCUUAUAAUGUACCAUACCGUAUACCAUGAUCUGCAUACUAUAUCAUAUACCACACCGUAUACCAUACCACACCAUACCAUAUCGAGUCCACCCUCACUAUCUCUCCCCCAGCGCGUUCAGUGGUAUAGUCGUGAAUUUUUAAUAAAACAAAUAGCAUAAAGAGAUACAGUUGAAUUUGUCUUACGUGUUUGAAUACCAACAAUUGGACCUCCCUCUGCCUUGAUACAUAUUGGAGAUGUUGAUGGAGUAAGAUGUAAAUGUUUUUCUUUAAAGGAAUCAUCAGUAAUUUUGUUAGUCUCGCAUCGUGCACAGUCACUUCAUCCUUAUUGCGACAACUGGUUUGAAAAUAUCAAGGAUUUGGUGGACAGAUAUUUUAAGUAUAUGAUCUGUUAUGAUGGUUUUUGUCUUGUCUUGUCGUGUCUUGUUGUGUCGUGUCCAUGAGUUGUGUUCGUGAGUUGUGUUUGUGUGGUUGUGUGGUUGUGUUCGUGAGUUGUGAUUGUGUUCGUGAGUUGUGGUUGUGUUCGUGAGUUGUGUUUGUGUUCGUGAGUUGUGUUUGUGUUUGUGUUCGUGAGUUGUGUUUGUGUUCGUGAGUUGUGUUUGUGUUCUUGAGUUGUGUUUGUGAGUUGUGUUUGUGAGUUGUGUUCGUGAGUUGUGUUUGUGUUUGUGUUUGUGUUUGUGUUUGUGUUUGUGUUUGUGUUUGUGUUUGUGUUUGUGUUUGUGUUUGUGUUUGUGUUUGUGUUUGUGUUUGUGUUUGUGUUUGUGUUUGUGUUUGUGUUUGUGUUUGUGUUUGUGUUUGUGAUUGUGUUUGUGUUUGUGUUUGUGUUUGUGUUUGUGUUUGUGUUUGUGUUUGUGUUUGUGUUUGUGUUUGUGUUUGUGUUUGUGUUUGUGUUUGUGUUCGUGAGUUGUGUUCGUGAGUUGUGUUCGUGUCGUGUUCCUGUGUUGUGUUGUUUUGUGAUGUGUUAUUUUGUGAUUUGUUGUUUUGUGUUACUUGUGUUCAAUAACACGAUUUCAAUGCCUUGAUGGUAUUUACAUACACACAUAGACGCCAAAACUAUUUUUGUGUGUUUAGAUGUGAAGAACGAACAGCCAUAAGAAUUAAAGUAUUAGACGUACUUUGCAACAUUCUUGGAACUUUCUCGCCGUUAUAUGAGGUUUGAAGUUUUGAUUUUCCAAGCAGGUAGCUUAUUGCCUGUCCAUUUUGGUUUUUUUUUGCUCUCGACGUCAUAUCUUGUAUAUCUUGCCAAACAGUGCUCGUGUUCUUUAAUUCUGCAUUCUAGUGUUCUUCCGGUUUCUCCAAAAUAACUAAGGGUGUCACACAGUUACAGUGUCCGAGUGUGGAUUUACUUGAUUAUUUGCAGAAAAUGUUCAAUGCUCUCUUGUGGUCCCAGAAAGUAAAAUAUUUUUUUCACCCGUGAUUCGAGAUUUCCAAAACUCAAGUGACGGGUUUACAUAUAAACUCCCAAGCGGAUAAUAGUUCCCUCGUUCCCAGGCUGUUCCCUCUUGUUUAUAGAACUCGCUUUAUGUUUCACUCUAGGAGGAGAUCCUUGAGAACUCAGUGUUGCCAUAUUUAGACCACAUUGCUAAAGAUCGAGAUAUUGCCGUGCGUAUUAGAGCUGUUCAGCUGCUGGUUGAUGUUAUUGAAGGCUCAGAUUCACAGAAAGUUUGUGACGUUUUGAAUAUUAUUGAGAAGGUAUGAUAAUUCUCAUCGUCAUAUUGUUAUGCUCGUGUUUCCACAUUUCGUAUUUCCUCAGUAUGACGUCAUAAACGUUAAUACGAUUUUUCAUAUCAACGUUAUGACGUCACUCCGUUUAAUAGGAUGUCAGAACUUCAUAUUUGGUCAGCUGCGGAGUUGGUAUGACGAUUUCACAGUUGACUGUUAGCCAAUCAGAAACCAUGAAUUCUUUGAAAUCAAUAUCAUAUAUUUAUCCUUUCCAGAUAGCUCGGUGUCCAGUAGAUCCUCUUAAACGUUACGUCAGACCAUCGCAACAUGGUUCAAGUAAGGAGCAGGUUGGUAUAGUGCAUGUGUCCAGGUGAUAUUGAUACGCGGAAAAGUACUGGCACUAGUUGUCAAAUAGAAAUCCAUUUUAUGAUUAAAACAACUGAAUAUCUCCUGUAAUAUACUUUAUUUCGAUUCCAAAUUUUUGUCAGAGCUAUAGUUCUCAUAACCAAACAUAAUUACAAAAUUUCAACUAGUUUUAUAAAGAAUAACGAAAGAUAUAAUUGACUGAAUACAUCAAAAUGGAUUUCUAUUCGGACAACCCUUUCUGAGCGCUGAUUGGCUAAAAUACGAACACGAGAUCACCUGGGUAAUUCAUGAGUAGUUUAGUCAACCAGAUUGCUUUAUUUUGCUCACAUGAUAAUACUGGAUACCUGGUGAAGUACAACAGUAUAUUAAUCAAGUCCUAUGACUGGAUCAAAAUUAAUUCAGUCCUUGGACUGGAUCAAAAUUAAUGCAUUUCACUUUAAGUAUUGAUGUAUUCGUACGAGAUGUCAUUUCAAAUCCUCCAUUUCUGACUGGACUAGAUUUCAAGUCCUCGCAUUUCGACCCAGUUGAAAUUGCGACCCAGAUCAAAUUGCGCGGAUUUGAAAUCUAGUCCAGUCCUCAUAGUCGGAUAUGAAACAAUCUAUCAUUCACUCAAAAAAUCAUACCAUCAUUCAAUUAAUCAAUUUUAAUAAUCACUCUAUUAAUGAACCAAAACAAUUUUUUAUAUAUUUUAAUUCCACGAGUUGUUCCAAUCCUUAUAGCCUCAAGAUGAGAAAGUGUUAAGAGACAUUAAAGAGGCUGUCUUAGGAUUAGUUCGCUUAUUCAAG